AAGGUGUCUGUAAAACAAUUUUUCCCAAAUUACUAAAACAGCUGACAGACACAUCCAUGAAACCACACCAAUUUCAAGGUGCAUUUCGAGGAGCUGGUUUAUAUCCAAAGCCAUCAGCUGCAGCCAUUCCUCAAGCAAAAAUUAGUCCAGCAGAUGCUGUUACUACACGAACACCAUGCAAGAGCCCUCGUUCUCCGACAGCAGCUACCACUCCUGCAAUCAAACUUCAGCUUAGACACCACUUCUCCAAGUUGUUCCAGAAAACAAGAACGCCUAUUCCACCACCACGGCCAAAGCCAUCUGCUCGUGUAGACUUGGCAUACUAUGGAGAAGUCAUAACAAGUCAUGAGGCGUACUCUAGAAUAAAAGCACAAGAUGAAAGAAAACAGCAAAGACUGGCAAAAGCAAAAAAAGGAAAGCAACCUGCACGCCAAGGCAAACGAAAAACUGCAGUAACAGAAGAAAGAGAUGAAAACAAGUGCCAGGGAUGCGGAGGAUUGUUCGACAACGACAGCAAUGAGAGGCAAGAAGAUUGGGUGGGUUGUGAACACUGUUGGCGGUGGUAUCACUACGAUUGUGCUGGGCUUUCAGAGCUUCCAGAAGACGAGGACCCUUGGACAUGCUCCAAAUGCAGCUAAAUGUACAUAUAUCAGAAUCAAUCAGAGUAAGGCUAGCGCGAGUAGAUGCACUGUACGUAGCACGUCCACACGUUACCCUGCACAUAGCUACUAGCUCAGUUUCUGAUUAAGAGUGUUCAGUAUAACUAUUAAAUCAUAAUCAUGUAACCAAC